AUGCCAUUGCCAAAGCUUCCGUUCAGCAUCAGCGGAGGCUGCAACUGCCAAGCCGUCCGCUACGAGAUUUCCGUACCUGCAUUCGAAGACAGAGCUCUAAACUGCUACUGCACGCCCGGCAAGGAGCGCGACGAUCUCCGACUCCCGACCGUACUCGCCUGCCAGUGCAAUGAUUGCCGUGCCGCAACUGGAAGCAUACUCCCGGGCUUCUUGGUCGCCGAAUCAUCGACCGUCCAAGCAUCAUCGCUACCUCGAUCUGGCGCAGAGCAGCGGGAAUGGGUGGACUCAUUUAAGUUGUUCGAUCCAAACAACCAAAGCCUUGAACAGACCUACCUUUCGGUGUAUAACUCCUCACCAGGUCGCUUCCGGUGGUUCUGCUCACGAUGUGGAACUCCGCUUGCAUACUCGGUUGAUGCAUCCUUGAUUCCGAAGGAAUGGAAGUGGCCCAAAAUGCUGGACAUCGUUCUCGGUACCGUGGAUCGCAAGGAUCUCAAGCACGAGUACAUGAGGCCUGAAAGGGCGGUGUGGUGCCACUUCAGUAUCCCUUGGAUCAGAGACAUGCUCACGGCGGGCCUCAAGGAACUUACGCUUCAUCCAUUGACCAAAAUUGAUAAAGUGAUGGGAGAGGAUGUUGAGGACGACCUCAAGAUGCUCCGUGAGUUGAAGUCGAGAACAUGA